AACACCGAGUGGUGGCGCCGGCGGCAGCACUUGGCCUGUAAUCUCAGCACUCCGGGAGGCAGAGGCAGAGGCAGGAGGAUCCCUUUGAGUUGGAGGACAGCCAAGUCCAGAAAGCAACUCCCAGGACGGCCAGGCUGCCUAGAGAAAGGAUCCCUGUCUCGAAAAAACAAAGGGGGGAAAGAUCGACUGCUUCUGUGAGAAAUGGACUAAGAGCUGGGACACGUGGCAAAAGAAGAUAGUCUUCUUCUCUCAAUAGAGUGAGUGUGCAGUGCAGCCAGCAGCUCCUACACACAGAAGAAAGCAGGAUCGCCUCACUGUGCUGCCUCCAAGUGUUGUCCCCAAAUACCACUGACCAAAAAGCAGGUGUUUGCCUGAGGUGACGCUUGUGGAUCAGUGCCUCCUGGAAGUGAUUCAUAGGCAUUGUUCAAGAAGGAAGCAGCUAAGACAACAUGAAUGAACAAAAAAUGAAUGAACAAAUGAAGAAAAUGGCAAAGACAAGUGGCCAGAAAGGGCCGGGCGGAAGAGCCCUCGACAGACUGACCCUAAAGCAAGAUGAGGCAAGGCCAGUCCAGAAUAGCAGAAUGGAAGCUCCCCGUGUAACAUACACCAUCCACGAUGAAAGUGAGAUUAGCCCUGGGACUGAGGAAGAUGACUUCCCUGACGAAUACCUAGAGUGCAUCAUACGAGGUGAGUUUUCUGAACCCAUUCUGGAAGAGGAUUUCCUUUUUAAAUCCUUCGAAAGCCUGGAGGAAGUGGAGCAAAACCUUUCUCGCCAGGUUCUGGAAGCGAGUUCCCUUCUCGAGUGUUCUUUGGAGUACCUGACAAAGGGGACAAAGCAAGAGAAGAGAGAGGUCACGCAAGAGGCGACUCCGCAGAGGGUUGGCGCGAGCUCAGUACUUCCAGGCGGUCCUGCAGAGAAGCCAGAGGGCGGCGGUGUGUACUGUGGUGUCUUAUCGAUGCUGGAGUGUCCUCAACCCGGGUGCAAGAAGAAGCUGCGGGAUAAAACCGCCCUGAGGAAGCACAUGCUUGUCCACGGGCCCCGGCGGCAUGUGUGUGCAGAGUGUGGCAAAGCCUUCACCGAGAGCUCGAAACUAAAGCGACAUUUUCUAGUUCACACUGGAGAGAAGCCGUAUCAGUGCACGUUCGAAGGCUGUGGGAAGCGCUUCUCCCUGGAUUUCAACUUGCGCACCCACAUCCGCAUCCACACCGGGGAGAGGCGCUUUGUGUGUCCUUUUGAUGGCUGCGAGAAGAGCUUUAUUCAGUCAAAUAACCAGAAGAUUCACAUCCUAACCCACGCAAAGGCAGGGAAGAAAUGCUGAAGGUGGAGACAGAUUGUCCUCAGGCUGGGUAGUCUUAAUGACAGAGACACUGGGGAUACAUGCAUUAUGUACAGAUUGUUAUUUGUAGGGAUAGAUUCUAUGGCUAAAAUAAUUUUGCAACUCUAGAAGGCAUGCUUGUAUUUUGUAUUUACUUCAUUAUACAGUUUUAAGACCUCUUUUGGUAUUCCAUGGCAUAGUUCCAACAGAAAAGUCAAUGGUGAAAGCAGUUUCAAAAGCAUAAUCCUUACUAUAUGUGCUACACUAUUGAAGGGAAUGGGGACUUUUGCAUACGUCAGAAAAUCAGUUAUUUUUAACUAUGCAGUUCCUAAUUGCCUAGCUUUUACCUUUAGAAAUAUGCUUCAUGGUAAAUUUGA